GAAAGUGGAAACGGCAAACGCCAAAGAUAUCCUUGACAGUGUAGUAGUUGUUGUUGUUGUAACUUUCUAUUGUAGUGCCGAGUUAUACAACAAAGUAUUGUCUGUUAUAAAAAAAAAAAAAAAAAAAAAAUAUGCCGUAUGCUAAUCAGCCGACUGUACAUAUCACGGAUCUGACUGAAGAAAAUGUGAGAUUUCAGAUUGAGGACACAGACUUGAGUGUUGCUAAUAGCAUGAGAAGAGUUUUCAUAGCGGAAACACCAACGAUGGCCAUUGAUUGGGUGCAACUCGAAGCCAAUUCAACAGUCCUUAGUGAUGAGUUUUUGGCACAUCGCAUUGGAUUAAUACCAUUGACAUCUGAUGAAGUGGUUGACCGCAUCCAUUAUACAAGGGACUGUUCGUGCAUGGAUUUCUGCCCAGAAUGCAGUGUAGAGUUUACAUUAGAUGUGAAAUGCACAGAUGACCAAACAAGACAUGUAACAACAGCAGAUUUAAAAUCAAGUGACCCUCGUGUUGUGCCUGUCACAUCUCGACACAGAGAAGAUGAUGCAAAUGAAUAUGGAGAAACAGAUGAGAUUUUAAUUGUAAAACUGCGAAAGGGCCAAGAGUUGAAAUUAAGAGCUUAUGCAAAGAAAGGCUUUGGAAAAGAACAUGCAAAAUGGAACCCUACAGCUGGUGUGUCAUUUGAGUAUGACCCAGACAAUUCCAUGAGACACACACUAUUCCCUAAGCCAGAUGAAUGGCCAAAAAGUGACUACACGGAACUGCCAGAAGACCAACAUGAGGCACCAUAUACAUGGGAAGCGAAACCAAAUAAAUUCUUCUUCUGUGUUGAAAGUGCAGGAGCUUUGCGGCCUGAAAAUAUUGUGACAAUGGGUGUGGCUGUAUUAAAGAACAAGUUGUCCAAUUUGCAAACCCAGCUGAGCCAAGAACUUCACAUUGAUGAUCUUACAAUCCAUUGAAUCUGUGCAGCAUAUUAUUGAAGAAUUCUGUUAUUAGAUUGUAUAGAAUUGAUGUUAUUUUUGUGGAGAAAUUUGUGACAUUUCAUUAUAAGUACUAUUAGUUCUCUUCACCUUUCUGUGCUGCAAAGGGGCAGUUGCCAAUAGUGUAAUUAACAGGUCUUCAGCAGUCAUAUGGCUUGUUAUUUUCAUUUCCACAAGGAAACUUAAAUGUGAUACUAAAAAUGUCAUUCAAGAGUUUGACUUGCACAAUCAAAUUGCUGGAGUAUUCUUAAUACACUAGUUAAGAGUACGUUGUUUUACUGUGGAUCUAUGGGCAAAAUUUUAGACUUUUCUUGGAAAUAUCUCUACUCAGAAAUGACUUUGACUUGCUUGCCUUCGGAGAGCUAUAAAUUAACAAACAUACUAAAUAAUUAGUAUGUAUAGCCAAAUUCAAGGAUAUUCUGUAAUACUGCUGCUACAAGUGUUUUAUCUGUAACAGAACAGUAAAAAAAAAACAUACUGAGUUUUGUAAAUGAUCUGUUCAGUUAUUACAGCUAUGAAACUUAGGUCUCAUGUUGAAACCAGCAAUUUAGAGACAUCCCAAUGAAAAACUUAUUCUGCCCUGUGCUUAAAAAAAGUUUGCAGCACAAGAAGUAGAAUGAUUAUAGUUUCAGAACAAAUGAUUAUGAGUAGAGGUAGGGAAAAAAAGCCACUUUUGGGACAAUGCAAUAAGAAUUCAUAAGGUGGAUAUAAUUAACCUAAUUAUCAAGUCAGUGCAAAAUAUCUAUAAGAGUUUACACAACUUAUAGUGGAUGGGAACAGUAAGCAUCUCCUUGGUAAAAUUAACUACUCAUGUAAACUUUUCGUUUCCCUCAGAAAUUACGUACUCUUGUUGAUUCCCAAGAUGAAUGCUUCUCUACUUAACGAGAUUGGUAAUCACAGCCUAUACUUUCAUUGUCAGUUUGUUUUAUAAAAUCAAGUUUUUUGUAAAUAAAAGCUGUUUUUUAAGGAUUGGAUGUUUUAAAAUUUUGGUAUGUAUUAAGUGCUUUCAACUUAUCUUGUCAUUAAGUUAGUAUUCACAGUAUUCCAAAACAAGUAAUGAAAUUUGUAAUAAGACAUUAAUAAAUAACAGGGAAUGAUCUUUUUACGGUGUGGCCGUGCGGUUCUAGGCACUUCAGUCUGGAACCGCGUGACCGUUACGGUCGCAGGUUCGAAUCCUGCCUUGGGCAUGGAUGUGUGUGAUGUCCUUAGGUUAGUUAGGUUUAAGUAGUUCUAAGUUCUAGGGGACUUAUGACCACAGAUGUUAAGUCCCAUAGUGCUCAGAGCCAUUUGAACCAUUUUUGAUCUUUUUACACUGUCCGUUGCAAUGUUUUUAUUUACUUUAUAGGAUUAAAGAUUAUAAAUCUCUUUCUUAA